CACUGUUAUUAUUAUUUGACUUUUAUUUUUUUAUUUUUUUUUUAAUUUUCCUCUCUGCUUUCAAAAAACCGAAGCUGUUAUUAUCGUGGAUCACGACGGAACCCUCGUUUCACCCCUUUCUCUCUCCGUCGCUGCAAUUGGUGGCUCCGUCGUUUUCAUUAUUCCAAUCCAUAACUAACCCCCCGACUCGCGUUGUUGCAUUUUCACUUCCUCCCUUCGAUUUCAACGCAAUUUUCAUUCCGAUCAAGAGUUUUCACAGGUUAGUGGAGCAAGGCUGUGGGUAAGGAUGAAUUUGCAACAAGUUGGGCAGCCUAAAUCAUCCAACGGAUAUGGUCGUCGGAAAUCUGAAAAAGAUGGGGCAUCCAAGUCCGAUAAUAAGAUCCCCCCUGGAAAAUCAAAUGCUGGAAGAUUAGCGAGUUCAGGUGCAGUAACAGGUAGUAAAGGUGGUAGUUAUGAGAGUCCUUCACGUGAUCGACUGGUAUAUUUAGCAACAUGCCUUAUUGGGCACCCGGUGGAAGUCCAGGUGAAAAAUGGAUCUAUAUACUCUGGAAUAUUUCAUGCUACAAAUACUGACAAAGAUUUUGGAAUCAUUUUGAGAAUGGCUUGCUUGACAAAGGAUGGAUCGUCGCAAGGGCAGAGAUCUGCUGUUGAAUUUAUCAGCAAAUCCCCUUCUAAGACUUUAAUUAUACCUGCCAAAGAACUUGUACAAGUCAUAGCAAAGGAUGUUGCUGUUUCUAGAGGUGGCCUAGCCAGUGAAUCUGACUUUGAUGUGCAUCAGGAGAUCAUGGUUGAUUCAGUAAUAUCUCAACCUCGUCAUGUUGAGAUAGGGAGAGAAUUACACCGAUGGGUACCCGAUGAAGAGGAUCAACAAUGCCCUGAACUGGAAAAUAUCUUUGAUGGCCCUUGGAAUAGGGGAUGGGAUCAGUUUGAAACAAAUGAAAUGUUGUUUGGGGUAACAAGCACAUUUGACGAGGAACUCUAUACAACAAAGCUUGAAAAAGGGCCUCAGAUGAGAGAGUUGGAGAAGCAAGCUUUAAGAAUAGCAAGAGAAAUUGAGGGUGAAGAAACCCAAGAUCUUCAUCUAGCAGAGGAAAGAGGCCUUUACCCUGAUGACUUUGACAUUGAUGAAGAGACCAGAUUCUCUUCAGUAUAUAGGGGCAAAGGUGUUGAUGAUAGAGAAUAUGGUGAAAAUGAAGACAAUUUGUUGGACUCGCACAACUCUGAAACAUUUGGUGGUAUGUCCAGUUCAGUCAUUGAGAGACCAGGCAACAUAAGUGGUGGGAAAAGCAGUUAUGGAGCUCAAACAUGGUCAAAUAUGUCAUCUCAGUCAAAAACUGACGGGGAUUUAUGCCACUCUGGUUCUUAUGAUCAUGCCAUGCAGUUAUCAUCUGAACUCCCUGGCCAAAGUUACUCAUUUUCAGAUGGGGAAAGCAGGAUUCAAGAUAACUCAGUUUGUGAUGUACAUGGAGCCAAUGGUAACACCAAGGAAGAAAAUCAGAUGCAAGCUGAGGAUGUCCAGCUGCUGAAAUAUGAGGAUUUACAGUCAGCGCUCAACUUGAAGAAAGAUGGCUCUGAUAAAGUGGGAUUGUCUCCUACUAAUGCAUCCUUCUAUGCCUCAUCUACUCAUAUUUCAGCGAAGGUUGAUGACAAAACUGGAUCACUUGGAGAGUUGACUAGGGGUUCAGAAACUGGCAAAGCAAAUUGGGAAACAAAGCCCUUAAAUUCACGUGGAAGAUUAGAAACUAGUAUGUCAUCUGGUUCAGAUUGUGUAGCAGGUGUGGCAACAUAUUCUGGUCCCAGUCUAUCACCAAGUUCUUCACUUGGUUCACUGUCUUCCGAAAAAUCAACUCUGAAUCCUAAUGCGAAGGAGUUUAAGCUCAACCCUAACGCCAAGAGUUUCAUUCCAUCUCAAACACCCGUUAGGCCUUGCUCCCCAGUGUCUGAUGGUUCCUUCUAUUACCCAGCUAACGUAUCUACUGUACCGAGUAUGCCAACCAUGCCAAUGGGUGUUGGAGUUGGAACUUCUUUUGCCGGGCCACAACCUAUCAUGUAUAAUCCACAGGUAGCUCAAAUGCCAUCUCAACAAUAUUUUCAUCAGAAUGGACCACAGUAUGGACAACUUCAUGGUCAUCCUAGACAAGUUUUAUACAUGCCCAAUUACCUACCUGAGGCGCCAUAUAAGGGACGGUAUUGAUCACCAACUUUACUGCAUUACUGGCAAGUUAGCCCUUGCAUGAAAAGAAUGAAUGAAUGAAGUAGAUGGUGCAGUUUGAGAGUUUCAAAUGAUGACAAUAGCUGCAGCUUAUGGGAGGAUUCCAUAGAAGUUUGAUAAUUUACAGGCAAGCUGGCUCAUUCUGAGAAAUAAGUUACCGAUCUUGUAAUCACUCACAUCUUUUGUGAUUUCUCAGUUUUCGUUAAUUAAUGUUGUAGUUGCUUUACUCAGAUUAUUCGGCCUUUCUUCUUUAUUAUAAUGUACCAUUUACUUUAACCUGUGUCUUCCCUAGUUUAAUUACUGCCAAUCCACAAUUUGGUUCCUCAAA